GUCUGUGCGCCACAUUCCCUCUCCUUCCAGCAAAAGACUAUCUCCUCUGCACCCCAGCAAUGACGUCCUUUAGCCGCCAAAGUUUCAUGUCUUCUGGAGGGGGUUUAAGUGGAAGCUCCCUGCGUGGUCCUUCUGUGGGAAGCAUGUCUCGGUCAUCUGUGAUUGGUGGUGGAGGUGGUGGCCAUAUAAGCGCCAUGCGUUCUGGCAGUGUGUAUGGGGGUGCAGGAGGUCACGGGGUGCGUAUCUCCACCGGGGCAAGAACCUUUGCAGCUGGUGGUGGUGGCGGCGGUGGAGCCAGCUAUGGCUUUGGUAGUGGCGCUGGUGGUGGAGCAGGGUUUGGCUAUGGUAGUGGCGCCGGAGGAGGCUUUGGAGGAGGUGAUAUGGACCCCAACGUGACUGUCAGUGAGAAAGCAACCAUGCAGAACCUAAACGACCGUCUGGCAACCUACCUGGAGAAGGUGCAUUCACUGGAGAAGGCCAAUGGAGAUCUCGAGCUAAAGAUCAGACAGUUUUUGGAGAACAAAACCUCACCUGAUGCGAGAGAUUACUCUGCCUACCACGCUACAAUCAGCGACCUGCAAGAUAAGAUCCAAGAUGCCACUCGCAUCAAUGGGGGAGUCUACCUGGCCAUCGAUAAUGCAAAAUUGGCCACUGACGACUUCAAGACCAAGUAUGAGAAUGAGUUGGCCAUGCGUCAAUCUGUGGAAGCAGAUAUCGCUGGGCUGAAGAGACUCCUUGAUGAGCUGACACUGGCAAGAUCUGACCUGGAGAUGCAGAUUGAAGGCUUAAAGGAGGAGCUUAUCUACCUCAAGAAGAACCACGAGGAGGAACUGGCAUCUAUGCGUAGUCAGAUGACUGGCACAGUGAAUGUGGAGGUGGAUGCAGCUCCUCAGCAGGAUCUGAGCCGUGUGAUGGCUGAGAUCCGAGAGCAGUACGAGGGAGUCAGUGCCAAAAACCAGCGGGAGUUAGAUUCCUGGUUCCAAACCAAGUCAGAGACACUAACUAAGGAGGUGACUGCCAAUACAGAGACCCUCCAAGUGUCCAAGACUGAAGUCACUGAGCUUAGACGCACCCUUCAAGGGCUGGAGAUCGAGUUACAAUCUGAACUCAGUAAAAAAAGGUCUCUUGAGGGAACUCUUGCAGAUACAGAAUCGCGUUACUCCAUACAGCUGACUCAGCUGCAGGCUCGUGUAACAAGUCUGGAGGAGCAGAUCGUUCACCUCAGAGGUGACAUGGACAGACAAUCUCAGGAGUAUCAAAUGCUGUUGGACAUCAAGACCCGGCUGGAGAUGGAGAUCGCGGAGUACAGGAGACUGCUGGAUGGAGGAGCAACCAGUUUCAGCACUACUGGUGGGGGAGGAGGAGGAGGAGGAGUAGUGAGCUCUACUAAAACCAUCACGGUGAAGACCAUUGAGGAAGACAUUGUUGAUGGGAAAGUGGUGUCAAGUACUACAAAAUAAACACCAAACAUGACUGUCACACCAGUUUUCAGGCCUUCCACUGUGAUCCAUUUUUUGAGAAUAAAAUCAGUGAAGCCGUG